CUUUUAUGUAACACGUGACACAGACAGAGAGGAGGCCCGGGGCAGCCACAGCACAGCCAGGACGCCCUGGGGCUCCCUCUCUAUUUUGCCAUGAGUGUUCAGGCGUUCAGACUGGUGUGCGCUUCCGAGAAGGAGCAUCUUCCCCCAGGGAUACAGAUUGAGUGUUUGGAGUGCUGUGGACAUGACCUGUACGUUGGCACUAAUGACGGCUGCAUUCACCAUCUCCUGCUAGUAGAAGAAAACAACACACAGGUGACUGGCCUCACCUUGGUUCAGCCGUCUGAUCACACUAGCUUCACAACCACCCGACAACAUUCUAGACAGUUGGGUUUAAAGAAGCCAGUAUGUGAACUGAGAGCGGCCUCGGCCCUGGGGCGGUUACUAGUGCUGUGUGAUAACACCAUCACUUUGCUGAGCAGUGACUCUCUGGAGCCAGUUGCAGGAACUAAGAUUCGGGGGGUGCUCAGCUUCACCCUCAAUGAGAAUCCGGUGAGUGGAGACCCCUUCAGUGUGGAGGUUUGUCUGAUCUCUUCUAAGAAACGCACUGUACAGAUCUUCAGUGUGGGUCAGGAGCGGGUACAGCUAGUGCGGGAAGUCACCACACCAGAGCAGCCCUGUGCACUAGCAGCAGAUGGACAUUUUCUGUGCCUGGCCCUCAGCAGCCGCUAUGUUACCCUGAACUAUAAUACUGGACAUUGCCAGGACCUUUUCCCCUAUCCUAGUGAGCAGAAGAGGCCGAUCAUAAAGAGGAUCAGCAGACAGGAGUUUCUUCUGGCUGGACCCGGAGGUUUAGGGAUGUUUGCCACAGUAGCAGGAAUCUCUCAGCGCGCACCAGUUCGUUGGUCAGAAAAUGUGAUUGGCGCAGCAGUAUCUUUUCCCUAUGUGUUGGCUUUGGAUGAGGAGUUUGUCACAGUGCACAGCAUGCUGGAUCAGCAGCAGAAGCAAAGCCUGCCGCUCAAGGAAGGUAUCAUUCUGCAGGACUUCGAAGGUAGGGUAAUAGUAGCAACCAGUAACGGGGUGUAUGUUUUAAUACCCUUGCCUUUGGAAAAGCAGAUACAAGACCUUUUAUCAAACCAGAGAGUCGAAGAAGCUCUUGUACUUGCCAAAGGUGCACGGCAUAAUAUUCCAAAGGAGAAAUUUCAGGUUAUGUAUAGAAGAAUCCUGCAACAGGCUGGGUUUAUACAGUUUGCUCAGCUUCAGUUUUUAGAAGCAAAAGAAUUAUUCAGAAGCAGUCAUCUCGAUAUCCGGGAACUCAUCUCUCUCUACCCCCUCCUCCUUCCAUCUUCCUCUUCAUUUAUCCGUGCGCACCCUCCGCUACAUGAAUAUGCUGAUCUCAAUCAGCUGACACGAGGCGACCAGGAAAAAGUUGGAAAGUGCAAAUGUUUUCUCAUGUCCUACUUAAGUGAAAUCCGCAGCACAGAAGUGGCAAAUGGGUACCAGGAAGAUGUAGAUACUGCUUUGCUAAAACUUUAUGCUGAAGCAGAUCAUGAGAGCCUCUUGGAUCUACUGGUCUCCGAUAAUUCCUGUGAGGUGUCAGAUGGCACAGCCUGGUUGGAGAAGCACAAAAAAUAUUUUGCACUUGGUUUACUGUAUCACUACAACAAGCAAGAUGCUGCUGCCGUGCAGGUUUGGGUAAGAAUUGUGGAUGGUGAGGUUGAAGACAACACUCGGCCAGACCUCUUUGAGUAUAUAGUGGACUUCCUGACGUUCUCCAAAGACCAGCUACUGGUGUGGCAAUAUGCAGACUGGGUUUUGCAGAAAAGUGAGCAGGUUGGAGUUCAGAUCUUUACAAAACGGUCAUUAGAAGAACAGUUACAAAAUGGCUUCUGUCCAGAUAAGAUUGUCGAUCAUCUCUGCAAGUACCGCAAGGCUUUACUUAUCUACCUGGAACAUUUAGUCAAAGAAAAGAACAUUCAGAAAGAAAAAUACCACACACACCUAGCUGUGCUGUAUCUUGAAGAAAUCCUGCGUCUGAAGUCUGUGGAGUCUUCAGACCCGACUGAGCUGGAAGAUCUGCGUCAAAGGUUUCAGAAACUGUUACAGCAGUCAGAUUUGUAUCGGGUUCUCUUGCUGAUCGAUAAAAUCAAAGGCACGGAUAUGCACAUGGAGCGGGCAAUAUUACAUGGGAAGCUGGAGGAACACGACCAGGCUUUAAAUAUCUUAGUUCAUCAUUUGAAAGACUUUGCUGCAGCGGAGAGCUAUUGUAUGUGGAACUCACAAGACAGGGAUGCUUCUUAUCGCAAAAGACUCUUCCAGCUCCUCCUUUCCUCCUACCUCACACCAUCCACGCCUGACAAUUCACUGACCGUGGCCGCCGUAGACUUGUUAAAUAACCACCCUACAGAGUUUGAUGCAUCCAGUGUGUUGCGUCUAUUACCAGAAAACUGGUCAGUGCAGCUUCUUUCCCCAUUUCUAGCUGGGGCCAUGAGGGAGCAUGUUCAUGCAUUAAGAACGUCCCAGAUAGCAUUAGGACUGGCAAAAGCGGAGAAUAUAAUUUAUAAGAAAGAGAAGCUCAAUAUGAGGGAUAAGCCAGUAAUUCUUUCAGAAAAGAAAUUUUGCCACGUGUGCCGGAAGCCAUUCCAAGAACCGGUGUUUGUCAGAAGCCCCAAUGGGCAUAUUGUCCAUACCCACUGUGCUGCAAGCCAGCGUGUUAACAGCAGCAUUGACGGCCAUAUGUCCAAGCCUAGUAAACGAACUUGAGAUAAAAUCAUUGAGUUGGAGGUACUUGCUCUAACUUCUGAUGACAAGAUCUCCUGAAAGGUGAACUGUGAAGCAUCCAUGUGAAGUAAUGAAAACGAUUUAUGAAUAAUCGUGAAGGCAGAAGUCUGUCAAUAUCAUCUGACCUGGAAGGAUGUGGGGUGCAGGGAGAUUGUAUGGCAUAUGUAACACAGUUCUUUGAACAAUAGUGAACCUCAUCAGAAUCAUUAUUGUGAACUUAUAUGAAGCUUUUUGCAUUUUUAAAGGUAUUUGCACUGAAGAUAUUUUGCAUAUGCUGUGAUGGGAUAUAUAACCCUUUCAAGUCCACCAUAGGUUCAUUCAUGUGUGGAAAAUGACCUAUGUAGGCAUAAGCAACAAUGGUGGAGGAUGAUUUAUUGACAUGCUCCAUUAUGGAUGUCAUUUUGUAUUGUACCGCUUAUCUUCCACCAGAUGAUACCAUGAUUGCUCAGAACAUUCCACAGGAGGCUGUCUGCUGUACCAUGAGGCCUUUGUGUGUCCAUCAGUAGAACAUAUGUCUUAUAUCACCUUUUUUGCCUAUAAAAUUCAAAUCAAGACAAGUUAUUAAAAGGGUUGUCCUGGCUUUAGAUGGUAAUAUCCUAUCAAGUGAAGGGGAACUGACCUGAGGAAACCCAGCACUGUCACUACACUGUGGAUAGAGCUGUCUGCUUCUGGUGCUGUACACUGUGUUAUCUCCAGUGCCAGCGGCUGCUGAGACCAGCUGAUCAGCAAUGGUGCAAGGUGCUGGACCCCACCAGUCAGUAAUUUAUAGGUCACCAAUAUCUAAAGCUUCGACAAUUCAUUUGCAGACAAAUUCCAUAUACUACAUGAUUUAUAUUUGACAUUUGUCUUGUGUUUUACACUUUUGUUAAUUGGUUCUUGUCUUCUAAAUUUUAAUCAGCAUAAAUUACUUGAUGGGGAUCAUGUCUUUAUUUCCUCCAAAAUUACACUUGCCCAUGUAAUAAUAAAAUAGCAUGGUUGAUUAUGA